UUUAUCUUAUCAUUUGUAAUAUAUUGUGCAUUUUAUAUGAAAAACAUAAAUAUUUCGGGUAAUUCAGUUGAGUUCGCAAACAAUACUAUUAAUGUUUUAUCUAAAUACACUAGUUAAAGAGAAUGAUAUAACGAUAGCGAAGUAUAUUAAUAAAUAUUGUUCAUAAAACAAGUCAUCUUAGGUUUCAUUAACAGGGGAUAUGGGGAAAUUCGAGAGGCCAUCGUACAUUGAUUAUCUGAUUGUAUUUGUGUGUUCGUUUCAUUAGAAAGAUGGGAUUUUCGUACAUCACGUACUAUUUAAAAGAAUACGAGUACUACGACUGUCGCACCGAAGGUGAGGGCGAUGUUUGGGAACAGCAUCCCACCCCCAAGGGGACAAUUAUUUAUUCAGUUAUCACUCCCAUACUUUGCUUUUUUGGAAUAUGUGGAAACACGUUGAGUAUUUUGGUACUGAUGAGGAGGGAAUUGAGUGGAUCAGUCUACACAUAUUUAGCGGUGUUGGCCAUAACCGAUUUGAUUUCGUCCCUGUUAUUAUUUCUUGGUGGACUGAGCAAGGGUGUUUUCUGGUAUGAUGGAUGGGCCGUGUACGAUGCGAUGAUCGGCCUCCCUUUGGGAGGGGCAGUCAAUUUUUUGGGUGUGUGUGCGACAGUUUUUGUCACGAUUGAUCGGGUCACGUACAUAACUAACACGAAAAUUUGUCAGAAGCCGAAAUUCUGCAAUUCCGGAUUCGCCCGUAAAAGCAUGUUUAUUUGCUUUUUGAUAUCUUUGUUGUGUAAUAUACCGUAUUGUUUCGUUUUUGAUCGGGGCGACGAUGGUAAAAUUGUCACCACAGACUUCUUUAACACCACAAUCUAUAAAGUUCACAACUGGAUUUGUUUUAUUUUAUUUUGUAUUAUCCCAUCAAUAAUUCUAAUAGUGGGUAAUGGAAUUUUAAUAAAUUCCCUAAAUAAAGCAUCCCGACUUCGCACAAAAUUAAACUCCAAAUCAAAGAAACUGGAAAGCAAAAGUAUAACGUUGGUACUGAUCGUCAUAAUAAUCAUGUUUCUGGUGUCUGAAAUCCCAUCAAAUUUAAUUUCCCGUACAAGUGCUGUUACACUUUUAUACAGAGGUGACCCAGGCAGUGUUAACGACAAGGCAAUGGAAAUAGCUCGUCAAGUUGUGACAGUCAUUGGAGCCAUAAGUAUAACAAUCAAUUUCGUGGUCUAUUAUUUGUUCUGUCCACCAUUUUACAAAGUACUGGUGAAGAUGUUUAAACGAAAAGAAAAACGAAUGUCAAAGACUGUGGUCAACGUUUUUGUCUUGAAUGGUGACGGGGAUAAAAGAAAAUGUAGCGUCGUAAUGAAUGAUAAAGUCAUAAGGUUGUCCAGCAAGAAUAUUGACGAUUAUUUACCUUCUGUCUUGUUUAGAAAUGAUGAUUCAAUGGAAGACAAUAGUGAAUGUAAAAAAACUGACACUAAGAACACUACUGAUACACAUUAUUAAUUUGUUUUCAUGUUACUUGAUGUAAAAUAUAAAAGUUAAA